AUGGCGCUACGCCUCUCCACCCCGCUACUCAUCGCAGAUCGCGUGCGGACCAGCUGGACAUAUCGCGGGGGAGUUCGGUUUUCUCUUCCGCGGUUUAUGAUAACAAAGCGAACGUAUCUGUCGACGAAAUUCCGCCGGCCGUCAACAGUCACGAAAUGGGGAAAUCCCCAGUACACGCUCCCCUCAAAAGUCCAGCGAGAGAAGCAAGAAAACACGGAAGGAGACUCGGAUCAAACAACGUCUGAAGAAUCAAGAGGGAGGGGAGAGCAGAAGGAAAUUGGGAGGAGCGGGAAGUUCGCGGGAAAAGAGAAAAAGGCAACUGAUACGGUGGCGCAGGAAGUGCACACUCCCAAAUACUGUGAUAUGCUUUUUCUGCAUCAAGAAGAUCAAAAACGCAGGAUAAGGCCGCAUGCAAAUUUCUUUUUCCGGUGA